UAAUUGCAGAGGAGAAAAGUCUUUCCAAGUUUUGAUGAAGCAUUGCUAAUACUGAAAUUAGACGUUUUCUUACUGCAUAAAUAUCCUUCAGUUCGGGUGAAACUUGAAAGGUAGCGCUGAUCCUGAAAUCGAGAGGGCGCAAAGGAAGAGCUUGCAAAAAAAUAAUGAACAUGUCGGCUGCGGCGCGGAGGAUUGCAUCUUCUAUUUCCUGUCGCUCUAUUUCAUCUGUUCUUCGUUCUUCUUCCUCUUUUAUGCUCCGAGGGAGGAUUGCUGGUGUUUCUUCUGGGAUCCAAAGGCUUAGCACUGCGGCUGCUGCUUUGGAAGAACCCAUAACACCUCCCGUGCAAGUGAACUACACCAAACUUCUCAUCAAUGGCCAAUUUGUUGAUUCGGCAUCAGGAAAGACCUUCUCAACCUUAGAUCCCAGAACUGGAGAAGUUAUAGCUCAUGUGGCUGAAGGAGAUGCUGAAGAUGUUGACAGAGCUGUCGCGGCUGCUCGUAAGGCAUUUGACGAAGGCCCAUGGCCGAAGAUGUCAGCUUAUGAAAGGUCUCGCAUAUUAUAUCGAUUUGCUGAUUUGAUUGAGAAGCACAAUGAUGAGAUUGCUGCACUUGAGACUUGGGACAAUGGGAAGCCUUAUGAGCAAGCUGCCUUUGGUGAGAUCCCAAUGGUUGCACGUUUGUUUAGAUAUUAUGCAGGCUGGGCAGAUAAAAUACAUGGACUGAUUGUUCCUGCUGAUACGCCACAUCAUGUGCAAGUAUUGCAUGAGCCAAUUGGUGUUGUAGGCCAAAUAAUUCCAUGGAAUUUUCCCCUUCUCAUGUUUGCCUGGAAGGUUGGGCCAGCACUUGCAUGUGGGAAUUCAAUUGUGCUAAAGACUGCAGAGCAGACUCCAUUAUCUGCUUUAGUAGUAGCUAAGUUACUACAUGAGGCUGGUCUCCCUGAUGGCGUGCUUAAUGUAGUCUCUGGAUAUGGUCCAACUGCUGGUGCUGCUAUUGCUAGUCACGUGGAUGUUGAUAAGCUUGCCUUUACUGGCUCAACCUCUACUGGAAAGAUUGUUCAGGAAAUGGCUGCCAGAAGCAACCUUAAACCAGUGACUCUAGAGCUUGGAGGUAAAUCUCCCAUGAUAAUUAUGGAUGAUGCCGAUAUUGACAAAGCAGUUGAGCUCGCCCAUUUCGCUUUGUUCUUCAAUCAGGGACAAUGUUGCUGUGCUGGCUCACGGACAUUUGUUCAUGAGCGCAUAUAUGAUGAGUUUGUCGAAAAAGCCAAGGCUAGAGCUCUAAAGCGUGUUGUAGGUGACCCAUUCAAGAAGGGUGUGGAGCAAGGUCCUCAGAUUGAUGAGGAGCAAUUCAACAAGAUCUUGCACUUCAUAAAGUCUGGGGUUGAAGGCGGGGCUACACUUGUUGCUGGAGGCGAGAGACAUGGCGACCGAGGAUACUUUAUUAAACCUACCAUUUUUGCAGAUGUCAAGGAUGGAAUGGAGAUAGCAAAACAUGAGAUCUUCGGACCGGUUCAAUCGAUAUUGAAGUUCUCGGACCUUAAGGAGGUCAUUAAAAGGUCAAAUGCCAGCCAAUAUGGAUUGGCUGCAGGAGUUUUCACCCAGAACUUGGACACUGCUAAUACCUUAAUGAGAGCUUUGAGAGUUGGGACGAUAUGGAUCAACAGCUUCGAUAUUUUCGACGCAGCGAUUCCCUUCGGAGGCUAUAAGAUGAGCGGCUACGGCCGCGAAAAAGGCAUAGAUAGCCUGAAGAACUACCUGCAGAUUAAAUCAGUUGUUACUCACCUGAAGGACCCUGCAUGGUUGUAAUUUAUUGUUGAUAAGUCUUGUUUGUGGUGGAGCUUAAGGAACUGCUACUGUUGAAUUUUGAAUAAAUUGUGGAUUGUUUGUCUCAGCAAAAUGAUAUUCCUUUCAGAUC